AUGGAGAAAUCUCGCCUGCGCGUGAUUAUAUGGAAUGAAUUCAAACGCGGAAAUACUGCGGCAGAAACCUUCAGAAUUAUAAAAGAAAAUGAGGGUAAGAAUUUUGUGAGUUAUUCUACGGUGACCAGAUGGUUCGCAAAGUUUCGUGUGGACGAUGAGAAGCUUGAAGACAAACCACGUGCAGGAAGACCCAGCAAACUUGACAAAGAUGCCCUGAGGCGCAAGAUUGAAGAUGACCCACAUAUUACAAUCCGGGAGUUAGAAGAGUUACUAAACUGUGGAAAAAGUACCAUUGGUGAUCAUUUGAAGGCAAUGGGUAUGGUCAAAAAGUUGGACAAAUGGGUGCCUCACAAUUUGACUGAUCUGCAAAAAGCCAAGAGACGAUGUGCUUCCGAAAAGCUUCUGCAACGCUGCAAAAACGAAGAAUUCUUGGAUCGAAUUGUAACUAUUGACGAGAAGUGAAUCUCGUUUAACAAGACUAGAAGAUCUACAAGUUGGUGUAAGCGUGGAGAAGCUCCUAAGCACGUUCCGAAGCCAGAAUUGCACGAAAAGAAGCUUAUGGUGACUGUCUGGUGGUGUAGCUUUGGAGUGAUCCAGUACGAUUUCAUGAAACCUGGCCAAAGUAUUACGGCCGACACCUACUGUGCCGAAUCUUCAAAACUCCAGACGAUGCCAAGAAUGCCUUCAAGAACUUCAUCAACUCCAGAAACCCGGAAUUCUACAAUCGUGGAAUAAAAAAGCUUGUAAAUCGUUGGCAAGACUGUAUUGAUUCAGACGGUAAUUACUUUGAUUGAUUGUAGUUGUUAAUUAUAUUGUUAUUAUUGUUAGUUCAAAAGUGAAUAAAUAUUGCAGAACUUUCCGGACAACUUAAUAUUUUAUACCUGUGUUGAAGGAUUUUUAUCAUUUUUGAAGCUCUUAAACAGUAUUUUCUUAUUUCGCGAUUUGACAGCACGAGAUAUGAUAAUUUUUAAUUUUUAUUUAAUGUUUCAUACCUAAUACUCAACUUUUUUAGGUAUGCGGUCACAGUUGUGAAGAUGAGUUUAGCCACAUCGUCUUUCUUUACGAAUAAUCUGAACGGUCUGAACUCGAGUUUCGGAUCAAGUUCGACACUAAUCGACGAACACAGCCAAUUGGAUCUGUCCAACAAACCCCAAAAGCCACAGAAUAUCAACUCGAAUGGCCUGAAGAACAAGCUAGCUAACAAUGUCAUGUCAGGCCCUUUGGCAGUCCUAACACCCUCGUCCAAUUCCCAUUACUUUGAAGAACGAAGGGUACCAGUCAGUCGGGACGAAGAACAUGCGGUUAAAAUUGGCAGAGCUGUCGCCCGGAUUCAGCCGAGCUUAAACAAUGCCAUUUUUGAUUGUAAAGUAAGUUUAGUUGGAGGUAUUGAGGGUCAUGGGCUAUAAGAAGCUACUGUACCAUAAUUUUUGAAAUUUUUUAAAAAAUUUUAUAGUUUAAUAAAGCCGCUUCAUAGGUAAAUAAACAAUACAUUUUUAGGUACUAUCCCGAAAUCACGCCCUUCUAUGGUUCGACGAUGGUCAUUUUUACAUAAAGGAUACGAGAAGCUCAAAUGGUACCUUUGUAAAUAACCUAAGGUUAUCGAAUUCGGGCGAGGAAUCAGCUCCAAAAGUAUUGUUCUCCGGAGAUGUUCUUCAACUCGGCGUGGAAAUUGUGGACAGUUCCAAGAAUGGUAGGAGGAUAGAGUUUUGUUACCUAAAAUUGAAAUUUGCUACCUAAACUAAAAUUUUUGGGUUUUCCUGAAAAGUUUGUGGCAUAAUAUUAUGUACUUUGAAUUAUAGGGGACAAAGGAAUGUUUAACAUGUAUUUAUGUAUCGCCUUAGCUUUUAUUGUUACCUAAACUUUAAUUUUUAAAAUUUUGCUUAAAAUUUUAAAAAGUGAAAUUUCGAGAUUUAAUUUCGAUUGUCUAAAUACAAAAGUUAUUUUUAAAAUUUUUAUUACUAUUUCUAAUUAGCUUUUGCACUCUUUAGAGAAGGAGUUGCUCGUAUUUUACCUUAUAUACCAUUCCUUUUUUUAGUGGCCAGUGGCUGCAUCACUUGCGUGAUCAAGCUGAUCGACGACAAAGGCAAAGAACUUUUACCCGACAUUCCGAACGGCAUCCUAACCCGACCAUCCGUGUCGAUUGCUCACGAGGAAAUACCUCCUAACCAUACGCUAAUCAGUAACGAGAAACUGUUCUUGUUGUCCCAGUACAUGAAGGAGAUCAAGUUCAAGGAUCAUGUAGGUUAUUGUGAAUGAUAGGAUGUUUAGUUGUGGUGGGUUUGGAAGGUGAAUAGGGAAGGUAUAGGCCCUAUUACCGAGUGUGUUAGGUAUCAUCUUUGUUCACCUCUCAAGCAUAUAUUAUAGGGGUUCUAUUAUGUUGUGUUAGCUAAACUUGAUGUUUUAUGCUGAUUUUUGAAGAAGAAUUGGGGGUUUGAACUUAAAGUUUUAAUAAAAAAUGAUGUCUUAAUCCAUGUUACAAUACUUUACUUAACCUUUUUUCAUUUCAGCUACUAAACAACAAACUAAAAAACUUGGAGAAUGUUUUAUCAAGCACACGAGAAGCGGCCGAAGCCGGUUGGCAAGCCCUGAUCAAUGAAGAACGCUUACUGUCAAGGAUCGAAGUCCUAGAAGCUCAGUUAGCAGUCCAAUCCACUAAAGGAUUUUCAGUAUCAGCUAUCGCCGAAGUCAGAGAAGAGAUUAAACAAGCUUACGAGGAUCGUACAAAGGCCGAAUUGGCCGCUAAGGAUUCGAUAAGGUUGGUUUUAGGGGUUGUUGGGAGGUUUUUAGGGAUUUGAAGGUAAUUUUUAGGCUAAUAUUGAUGUUUUAAGCUGGAAAAUGUUUGUGUUUGACGGGAAAAGUUAUAUUGUAGUAGAUACUUGUUAUAAAGUACUAUUAUAAAAGAAAAUACGGGAAAAAACUGUUUGCAAAUUUUGGUAAAAUGAUGACUCGAGCACUCCCAUGUCUACUAUAACAUAUUUUGUUCCAGACGAGCCGAAGAACAGCUGUACGAAACCUCGAUGCGAGUGCACGAGAUGGAGAACAUGAUCAUGAACCUGGAAGAAGAGAAUCUGCAUCUAAAGCAAAAGUGCGCCAUGUAUGAGGGCGAGGUUAGUGCACAGAGAGAAGAAAACAGUAAUCUGUCGAACGAAAUGAAACGACUGGUCAAGGAAAACGAGGCGGCCAAGGCCGAGAAACCAAUGUUCAUGGUCAGCAAGGUGGACAGUCAGGAGCACAAGGAGAACAGCGAGGUCAAAGGUAAGGUUUGAGAGAUUGAAAUUUUAAAUAACUAUUCAUAUUGAUUCUAAAAUAAUAUUUUUUUCAGUAGAAGUACAAGAAAAGGCCAAAUCCCUCUCCCCAGACGACCAAACCGAACUCUGCUCCCUAACCGAAGCCAAACCAGCCACCGCCCUUCUGAAACCACCCGUCUUCUACCAGCAAGCCCAAGUCCAAACCGACGAUGCCCUUCUGGAAACCUCCGUGGAUUCUGCAUCAGAAUCCACCCAGUCCAACACGUCGUCCAGCUCACAAAACGAAUCUCAAAUCAGAAACAAGGAUCAAGAAGCGGAAUACCUACUCUACUCUGUCCUACCACUGGCUCUCAUCAUCGCCUGGAUUCUGUAUCCAUUCAACCUGGCCGGCAACUACAUCCACAGCUGGAUUGGCGGAGAACAGCCGGCUGUCACCAACAGCUAUGCUGGCAAGAAUGGUGAGAAAAGCGUAGCUAGCGAGGAUAACACGACUUCAGAUGGUAAAACCCCAGCUUCAGACAGUAAAACAUCCGAUGAGACUUCAGAAUCCGAAAGUAGCACCGAUUCAACACACAGUACGAGUAAAAGCGACAACAGCUCAGACGUAUCAGAGUCGGAGAAUUGUAAAGAUAAAUAAUUUAUAUUCGUCUAACAUGAUCGAUCACUAAUUAAUGUUUCCAUAAAAUAAAUGUCAUACGCUUCUUGGUAUUGUACUCGUUUUACGCUUCUCGGUACUAGUUUUUUCUGUCAGUAGGAAACAGGGUCAGACUUUUUGGAUUAGAAACAUAAUUAGUUGUUAUAAAUAAUAUUAGGGAAGUACUGGAUGUUUUCCGUUAGAAAAAGACACAAAAAAUUAUGGGUUUUUGUAUGUUGUUGUAGGUUUAGAGGUGUUCAAAGCGUCGUUUUCUUAUUUGGCUUAAGUUUUUGCAAUCUUUUUAAAACAUAACUAUUAUAAGCUGUACCCUACUACAAUAUAAAUUUUACUGACCACAAUGCUACUUUCAAGGCUUAAAAAUUGAUUUUAACCUAAAACGGAACCGUGAGCAAAAGGAAAUAUGGAAUUAUUGAUUUGAAACCUAGAAUUAAAAAUAAAUAUGCAAAUUUUUCAAAAAAAAUAUUUUUCACUAAUAUUUGAAUAAAAAAUAUGUGAAAAAUUAAAAUCUUGACACGGGACGACUUCCGUCAGUAGGUUCGUCGUUUUUUACAGAGAGCGGUCGGUAGUCAACAGAAGAGUCGGCGGUCGGUUGUAUUUGUGGCUAACUGAAGGAAACAUCAACGUACACACUCGGUAAGGUAUUCAAGGCUCUGUGAACUAAUAAGCAGAGAGGUUAUGCCUUUUUUAAACUAGAAGAUAGAUCUACCUUCGUUUUUUGACUUGGGCAGGUUUUUGGACUUAACCGUUCAUAAUAUUGAACAUAAAAGACCAUAAUCAAGGAUCGUACAAUCGUACAAAGACCUGUAAUCAUGAUCAACUUCCUUUUCAGAUAAUGGCGAAUCGCAAAACAAAGGCCGUCGGCGGCGGUAGGCGGAAAUACACGGAGGGCAUGGCUGCACAGUGCUCGGUGGAUAAGCACGGUGGAGCGGCUACAGAGAAACGAAUGACUACAAUCCCCGCCAAGUUUGUACACCGUGGCAAAAGUGAGGUCUCGGUAGGUGUUUUGCUUAAGCCUCUUUUAUCAGGGCGUGGGUGUCUUUAAUUUUAAAACUGCCCUUUUUUUGAUUUUUUAAAAUAGUUUUUUACUUCCUUAUCACCCCCCCCCCCCUUCCAAAAAAAUGUUAAUCUGCCUUCACUCAAAAACUGUAUUCGGCCGAUUUUUCUAACCCCUACAUAUAUUGAGGUCAUUAUGUUAUAGCUAUACCAGGCUAACCUCAAUGCUGAUGCCAACUCUAUUUUAGGAACAUUCCAAGCCGGCGAACGCAAAGCAAGUAGUCGUAAAAGAAUGGAUAACUAAAACCCUAAGCGGCGGCCUAAGAGAAUUGAGAAGUCAGUUCAUUACCAAAGUCAAAAAGUACAAUUCGUCAGGAUCGACCGACGCAUUCAACGAUGCUGACAACAACAAUAAGAACAGGUACGACGACGUGGUACUUUUGGACAAAACACGCGUCAAAGUCACCAUCAAUCCGGAUAAUGGUAGGGGUUUAAGCUCUCUUGCCUUGUUCUGCCUUGCCUUGCUUUGCCCUGCUCACCCCUGCCUAACUCUACCAUACUAUAUUCUGCCUCACUCUAGCUUAUAUUUUCACACCCUACCCUAUAUUUUGUUACCCUGCCUUAUCUUACUUUAACUAAAUUUGUAAUUCUUUGAUGUUAUAGAUGAUUACAUUCACGCCAGCAUGGUGGAGAUAAAGCCUAAAGAAUUGUCUUAUAUCUGUGCCCAAGGCCCUAUCGAAAACACUGUAAUGCAGUUUUGGCUAAUGUGCAUCCAGGAAGAAGUUGCGGUAGGUUAAUAUAACAUCGUUCACAGUGUUAUAUUUCGUUUUAAACCAUGAUAUUUUAGAUAAUAUUUUUAAAUUUUAAAAUUCUGAUUCCAGGUAAUACUCCAACUCUGUGCCAACACUGAGAAAGGUAAAGAAAAGUGUUCGGAUUACAUGCCCAAGGAGAAAGGGGAGUCGGCCACGUACGGUGUAGUGGAAGUGAAGCUUGUGGAUCAGAAGAAGAACAUCCCCGGAGCCAAGAAAGUGGUCCGAUCCAAACUUCAAGUCACCUUCAAAGAGAAGACCAACACAAUCACUCACAUUCUCUACACGGGAUGGCCAGAUCACUCCGUUCCAGAAUCUGUGGGUACGUGCAGAGAAGUACGGAACAUGGUGCACAAGUUGUACGAGAAGAAACCCAUUGUUGUGCAUUGUUCGGCUGGCAUUGGUAAGGCUUUUUUUUAAUUUAACGUUUAAAAAUCUUGUAUUCAGUAAAAAAUUUCAUUUUGCCAUUUUAGGCCGUACAGGGACAUUUGUCGCAGCAGAAAUGGUCCUGAGCAAGCUGGUCGACGAUCAAAACACAGACUUUACCUUGGCCGACAUUCUUCGUACUCUGAGAGAUCAACGAGUGCAAGCCGUUCAGAAUGAUCAACAGUUCACUUUCGUUCUCCGCUUUGUCAUCGACAUUCUGAUUGCUGAAGACUUGCUCAACAAAAACAGCAAAGUCAGCGAGUUCUUGACCGAUUUUGAGGAUUUGAUCGAGAGAAAAAGGAAACUGGAGAAACAGAAGGACGACUAA